ACACCACACACGCUCACUAGAAAAUUUUCCUAAACAUCUUUCCGAUCUCAGAUUGGGGGUACGAAAAUGUUUUCUGAUGUUCGAAAUGCAUUCCGGUCAUUUCCUCGUACUCGUCUAGUCGCAAAAAUUAUGUAAAAGUGAGGUGCCUGUAGAAAAGAUAUAUUUUUAAAAAUUUCUUUUUAUUUUUUAUUUUAUUAAGAAAGGAAAUCGAAAACAAAGAGUAGUUCCAUAUGGGCAAGAAGGGUACUAAACGAAAGACCCAAUGGCGUACACUUGCAAUUACGGAAUGUCCUCAGCAACAUUCAAAAAGUGCAUUGAUAAAAAAGUAUUCGCUGGAGAACAACAGCAACAGUGUGAAUUUAACAAACACCACCGAAACGAACAAUGUCGACAAAGCUAUAUCACAAGAUGAUGAUUACAGUAAUCACAAGUCAUAUACAGAUCCCUCAUACUUCAAACGAAAACUGUCUACAUCCUCCGAUUAUCGAAACGAUUAUCGACAUAAUUAUAGUUAUAGUUACAGUAGUAAGCAUAAUAGUACUUCAUCGACAUCAUCACUGUAUUCAUCGUCACGUUACCCAUCAUAUCGACGCCGGCCAUUCUCAUCGCUUCAGAAUGGUUCCUCGAGAUAUUCUAGCUUUGGUGCUGAAAGGACAACUAGCCGAGGCCAUCGAACUUCAAUAUCAAAUCGAACUGGGGGCAAUACAACGAUAAAACACCCUUUUAAUGAAGAUGAUUAUACUCGAAUAAGUACGCCACGACAAGAUGUGAUCUUUAAAAAGGGUUAUUUUUCACAACCAAAGAAGUAUAUGUCUUCAACUGAUACAAAUACAACAUCAUCGGCAGCGGCUAGUAUUGUUUCAGGAGAAGAAUCCGUGUCCGCCUUAAGUGUACCUUCAUUAAGCCCCGAGCAAUGCUCAUCACUAGGCGAUCCUCUUGAUCCGGAACAGGGUUUUGUCUACAGUUUUAUUGAUCAAAAUGGUGUUGUGUAUUCAUGUGUUCCAAAUGGUUUUGACCAAUAUAACAGCCAAAUGAUGAUGUUGCCUUAUGGUUUUCCGCCUUAUAUGUGCUCACCAGAAGAUGUUGUAAGUCCUACAGGUUUGAAUGAAGAAGAAAGCGAACAAAAUCGAACGUCAGUUGAAUCCCAUGAGAUUCCUUCAAGUGAUCUCAACGAAACGAAAGUGAUAGAUGAAGUGCCUAAGGACGCUUCAAGCUCAAUAGAGGAAACUCUGAGUGCGCAAGAAAACGAUGACAAUAAAAAUGGUGAAGAAGUUAAGGAAGCAACAUCAGACGAAGCAGAGACAUCAGAAGUCACUGUAACUCCAUCAGGAGAUGCAGAAAAUACAGAAGAAAUUAUGGAAAAUGAAGAAAUUCCGGACGCUGUACAAAAUAUCCCUGAACAAUUUUAUAAUUAUGGAUAUCCGCCAUACUAUUCUCCUCAGAUUUUGUAUCCAUACAUGAUCCCUCAACAAUUUGUUCCCGUAUUUGGAAAUGAAUUUGAUGUUCCGAAUGAGGAAGAGUAUACUGAGGAUCUCGCAGACCAGGAUGGCGUACAGUACAAGUGUCGGAAGAAGAGACGAGAUACUGCAGGAAAUUCUACAGGAGUUAGUGCUGCUACAACCGACUACUCAGAUGAUGAGGAUGUGCAGGACGAAAACAGCAACCCGAAAGAAGAAAGCAUGGAAACUGAAGAAAGUGAAGACAACGACAUGAAAGAAAGCGUAACGCAAUCUAACGAGACUGAACACAAACAAGUAACACUUAAUGUAAACGUGAAAGAAUUCGUCCCACGUGGCAUCGUGAAAUCAACCCUUAAUGUGAACGUUGAAGAGUUUCAUCCUAGAAGCCGAAAGAACUCGACGAGUACACACGAUGCAUCAGAACAUCAAGGACAGCUCCCAUCACUGUCAGAAACAACACAAGUGCAUCCUAUACCAGAUGAGAGCAGAGAGCGAGCCAAGCCGGUCCAGAAUAGGGUAGAGAAGAGAUCAACAGAGCUCACAUUAGCAGAGAAAAUCAAACAAAGACUCGCUGAGGAGUCGAAGGAACAAAAACGAGAGACUCUGCAGAAGUCAUUGCCUCAACGCCGGAGUGCUAAGAAAUACUUAUCAAGAAAACUUGAAGGCACACAAAAACGUAGCUCACGGAUCGCAAAGAAACCUGAAAAUCCUAGCAAUGAGAAAACCCAACCGUCGCAAACUCAAAAUUCGCCUCCAGCCCAGCCAAGUUAUGCCCAAAUUGCCAAUAGUAGGUUGUCAACAAAUGAUAAGAUUAUAACCGACGCGGUUCCAACGUCUAAAGAAAAUGUCGUGAAUCAGUCCACGACUGAGAAUUUGGUAGACCCUAAAAUAAAAGCAGAGUCGGUUAACAAACCCACUGCGGUUUAUCCAGAAACAUCGGCUGAAGUGAAUACCAAUGCGGUUGUUUUAUCAGUUGACACAUGGCAGACGGUGAAACCUCGCGGAAAGCGCGGAAAACAUAUUAAGGAACGAACUCUUGACGAGAAUUAUAACGAGGAAGUUACGGAGGAAUCAAUUGAACAAGUAGAAACAAAAGCGGAGGAGGUUGUUUCCCUGGAUUCGUCUAUGGAGGAAUCAUCUGACACAAGGGACGAACCAGAAGAACUGGAAGAACCAGAAAAACCGAAGGAAUCUGAAGAACAUAUUCCAGUACCCAAUUCUACUAGUGAGACAGUCUCUGCAGCCGAAGCGAAGUCAGAGGAAACUGUCCCUUCCACACCAAAGAAGAAAACUCCAAAAGCAAAAGGCCGCAAAGGAUCGAAGAAAACUAAAGAGGGAUCAGCGAAAAAACAAAAGAAACUUGAAUUGGUCGAACCUAUUUUUGAAUUGCCUAAUAAGACUGAAACAUCUCAUGAUAACGAAGAACUUAGUCAUGACGUGAUAGAUUCAAAGGACGACGCAAUACUCGAAGAGGUUGAAACGUACGAAGUUAACGCUGAUGAUAUUGAUUCAAGUCAAAGUAGACUCUCUCCGCCAAAAUCAGACUUUUCGUUUGAUCGAUUAUUCCUUACUAAAGGGUUUGUUAAAAAUCCUUUGGAUAUAUUAAAAGGAUUCGAUUAUAAAUAUAAAAACAACUCGAUUUUAAGAGAGGAAGAAGAAAUGGUGCUCAGUGUUAUCAAAUCUAUUAGUAACAAUGCAUCCAGUCCCCCUAGAGUGAGUCCUUCGACGUCGAUGAUUGAAGAGGAUGACGACGAAGACAAGACCAUUGUUGAUAAUCAGGACGGUCAGGAUAAUUUUUCUGAGACGGACACUGUCUCAGAAUUAUCAUCUGGUGGUGAUGUUGAAGAAAAUAAUGUUGAUAUUCAAUUAAAGUCAGGGGGCAGUGGUAUUUCUGGAGACAUGACAGAGACUAAAGCUGAAGAUUUGAACCAAAUAUCCAAGAAUGACUCUGACAGUUCCUGCGAAAUAUUAGCUGAUGAUCUAAGCAAGGAAUCGAGUGAUACUAGCUGUUGUGCAGAAGUCAAUCGCAAUCGUCUGCCUACUAUUGAAACCACAGCAGAUACGCCUAUUGAGAAUGGUCCACAAGUAAACGCAGGCGAAGAUUCAAAGGAAAGCGAGGAUGCAGUUGACGAUUUCCCGUCAACUGAAAAUACAGAAGCCACUGACAAUGCUCCGGAACAAAAGGACUCGAUUGAAUUGCCUGAUGUUCAGGUUUCGGCGGAUUUGGAAGCGCAGGAUGUGCACCCAAUAACUGAAGAAAUUCGCGUAGUCCUUAAUGAUGAAUUGAAGGACAAUUCCGCUUCAAAUCAAGUGGGUGAUGAUCAACAAGUUGGAAAUGAUAAAACCGAAGAAGUUACCCCAGAAAUUACAGAGGUGUCGCCAAAGGAACGCUUGGAUGCUGGUGACAUCGACAUUCUAGAGAAUGAGAUUGUUUCUGACAAUAAUAUAUUACAUGAAACUCAAAAGGAGUCUAGUGCUAUCCCAGGAGAAAAUCAUUUAACGAAUGGUCAAUGCGAUGAUCAAAUUUCGGAGAAACUAGCUGAAGGUGACUUAGAUGUAACUUCAGAUGAUGAAGGACGCAAGACUACAGAAGUUGAUAUAAGUGUUGAAAACACGGAUCCAGCUAAACUGCAGAAAUCUCCCUAUGUUAACCACAAUGGUCUUGUCAAUGAUAAAGAGAAUAUCUCAAACAAUCUCUUGGAGAAUAAAUCCCUUGAUGGCAUAUCAGAAUUCAUCACAUCUCCACCAAAAAAAGUAGAGUUGACAAGUAGGUUACCCAACCUUUUAUUUGAUAAUUCAGAUACAAAUGAAGUACUUAAAUCAACUGCCGAACAGAUCAGAAUUAUAACCAAUGGAGACCUCGACACAUCCUCUCACAGUAGCCUAGAAAACUUGAACGAAUCAUUUACGCCUCUCUCUGAGCUCUCAAAUGAAGACGUUACCAAUGAGGUGCGCAGGUCCCUGACAGGUUCACCUUUCGAGCACAAGGAACGAAUACUUGAAGAUCUUGAUGAAAUUAUUGUUCCGAAACUUGAUACGAAGGACCAUAAUGGCUCCACUGAUUUCACAGUAUGCUUAAAUGUUCUCAGCACAAUUAUUCAAAGCAGAGAAUGCUCGCUUGAACCUGAAAAAAGUUCCGUAAAUUUAACACAUCGAAAAUAUUCCCUCCAGCAAAAAGUAAGUAGGGAGUGCUCCAUUGAGCCUGCCAUGGACAGAAAAUGCUCCUUGGAACCAGGGUGCAAACCAACGGAGGAUUACUUAACAUGUGUAAAUGUCCUCAGCAAUCUAAUUAGGAGCAGAGAAUGUUCAAUUGAACCAGAAUCUGCAGGCAAAGGAAUAGGUUUGAAUGGUUGGAGUGACUUCACUGACAAGGAGACUGAAGCAGCGGUGAAUGGACUUGAUAUUAAGAAUUUUCCAACCAUGGACAGAAAACAGAAGACUCAACAUGCAAGUUCCGAACGGAAAGGAACAAAUAAAGGAACUGUCAUUUCUAAUGGUUCUGAUUCCUCUGAAUCAAUUGCAGAUUCAGGAACAUCAGAUGAUAUGGUUAACAAAGAUUCAUCACGCAUACUGAAUGCAAGCAUUUCAUGUGACCGUAGCUCUGGCAUUGGAUCCGAUUGCGAAGACAAUCAACCUUCUAGUCCGGGAUGUAAUGAAACCAAACAUCACUCAUCAACGGUAGUCGAUUCAAAUCUAGUUUCACCGAAUGGCCGCAUCACUCGUAAGCUAUUCCCCUGCAACACUGCCGCACCAGAUGAUGUUUGUUCAAUACAAACCGAAAAUAUGCCUACAUUUGUGCUUCCUAAUUUAUCUCAAUCGAAUUCCGUUAAUUGUGAUAACCAAUUUGUGUCUUAUACCUCGUCGAAAAGUUACUUGGGCUCUACCGCAAAUACUGACCUGACAUCGUUGAGGGAAUCCAAAUGUGAGGAUCUAGCGUUAAGUACGAGUUCGAAAUUCCCCUCUUCAAGUGAGAAUCAGUCAAAUCAGUUUCCACUUACGGAAGCUGUGAAACUGUGGCUUGUUCAGGAAUCAAAAGAACCCACCCCAGAACCUCUCUUACGUAUUCCGGAUGAUCCAUGCUUAAAGAGUUUCCUUGCGAAGCGACUCCAACCAGCUGAUGCAGAUGAGGAGGAUGAUUAUUCAUCUACGGAUGGUAGUGAGUCGGAGAGUGAUCCAGAUAACCUUGACCGUUACGAGCCUGAAGAAAAAGAGACAGACUAUUUACAGAAACAUAAAUCGAAUCCAAAAAACUUGGUAAGCAACCCCUUGCAUGUGUCAUCUUGUAAUGAGGUUACCAUCGAUAGCGAUAGUGACUACAACAGCGACAGUAACGACCACCAUCUUACUGAUCGUAGUGAUGACAAUACGUGCAAGAGGGUUGCUGAAAUCUUCUCGGAUAAUUCAGAAAGCCAAUCAGAUAAAAAUGAUCUCCUUGAAUAUUGGGACGAUGAGUUUAUACGUAAUCCUAAGAAAUGGCUAGGACCACGUCAAUCAACCGCAUCGUCCUUACCAACAGCCGAAAUACACAGCCGGAGUACAAGUGCAAUUCGGGACUCCAGACGGUCACCCUCGGCCGAAGUGGAGCCCUACGAGAGUGUCUACGGCAAAACAAUCGACUACAAUCAGCUACUAGCGAAUAAUUGUGAAUUCCUAAGCAGUAAUAUCCUUAGCUUUAAUAAAAACGACAGGAAUGAGAAACCUGACAACAAACACCAGACAACAAACAUGCAAAUCAAGACUAGCGAAAUUUAUCGUGAAAGCAAAAAAUCGCUUGGUAGUAAUAAUAAUUUUUAUAACAAAACCCCUAACAAUAAUACAGUGAAUAACCUCAGUGCAAGCUCCGCCGGCUCCCCCGCCUCCCCUAGCAAAUCUAGCUCACGAUUGAAUCCUAACGACGAGAAUUGUCUCAAGCCACCAGAAGUUUGUUGCGUACUAAUGUAGAUAUUUAUAUAAUGAAGUCCACAAAUCCGCAACUGCACCCCCUACUCCCCUAUCCGCGUAAUUUAUGGCGCCUGCUUCCCAAACGCCUGUAUCUUACUUAUACAUACAUAUAUAAUUAUUAUUACUACAUUAUUUUUAUUUACACGUGGAUAAUUCUUAUAAAAGACGCGAAUCUAUUUGAAUAAAAAAAAAAUUGUGAAAAAAAUCUACAAAAACUUAUCCAAACACAACGUUAAAGAUAGAUAUGUAUAACUUUUUAAUGAAGCGUAAACACAUUGUUGUAUUUCAUUUAAUAUUUCCUUGUCAUUUGUCAUUUUGUGUUUUAUCAUUUUAGAUGUACAUUCUACCUUGGUUUCGAUUUAGUUCUUUUCUUAUUUUUUAUCUGCUUCGUUGAAGUGAAAUGUUAAAAUGCUAACGUUAAAAUUUAACUUAAAUUGUUACUGAAGUUGAAGAGGAAAAUUAGGAGAACAACCCAAUCCACACGAAUACGAAAUUGAGUAUUUCGAGAUAUUGUUGCUUACUAUGAAAGUCUAAAAUUAUCACGUAGACAAUUGCAUAUUAUAUACAUACAUACAAUGCAAAUACAAUUCAAUGUACUACACUCGAAUCAGAGUGCCAAUUAAAUGAAGCAAUAUUGUUAUACAUAUGUAACACAUGAAAAAAGAAAGGAAACCAAUGAAAAACUCAAAUAUAAAAAUAAAGUAUAAAAACAGAA